UAACCGGACGGGCCCGCAGGGGCCGCAGGGGCCCCAGGGGCCGGGGAAGCCAGCCGGAGGACGCGCUCCCCGCCGCCCGGCGAGUCCCCUGGCUGGCCUAGAAGGGCUGGUGGUGGUGCGUGCGCGGGAGGGGAGAGACCUUAAGGCUCCGUGGCAGCUGCCGCCCUUCGUGCCUGCCAUUGUGUUGUUCCCUGGACGAGGAGGCCGGUCUACUUGGACAGUAGCGGGACUGAAGUGCAGGAAAGAAAAAUCGCCAUGUCUUCUUCCAGACUGGGGCUCCGUUUGGCUGCCUGUUUACUAAACAUUUCAGAAGCCAGAAGAAAACACAUUGUUGAGAACAUAGCAAAAGCAGCUCUUGGGAAAAAUGGACAGAAAUAUCCUGAAGUAUCAGUGCUCAACAUAUUUUCUGAUCAAGACUACAACCGAUCAGUCAUCACAAUUGCAGGAUCUAUUGAUAAGUUAGGCAAUUCUGUCCUGGCUGCCUGCGUGGAGGCCUUCCAGUCUAUUGAUAUGGGGAUUCAAGAGGGGAUCCACCCUUGCCUGGGAGCAGUGGACCUGGUUCCCAUCUACCCCCUCUGUGGUGUCGGAGUGGAGGAGUGUGGCGCUGUGGCCAGACGCCUGGCUCAAAAUCUGGUCCUGCAUGUUCCCGGCAGCAGUGUGUUUCUUUUCGGUGAAGCUGACCUUCCUGGGAAGCGCAGCCUUGUCCAGAGAAGAAAGCAACUGGGUUGGUUCACCAGGAGGGAUUUCAGUGCACUUGAACCUGACCUGGGAGCUGCACCUGACCGAAGAUGUGGUUUAACAGGCAUUGGUGCCAGCCCAUACGUGAUGAACUGCAACGUUACCAUAGAUUCUCAAGACUUGGCUUUGGGGAAGGAGAUCGCUAGUGCCAUUCGGGGCUCGAAUGUGAAUGGAUUGAAGGGAGUCCAAGUGAUGGCUUUUCCCCAUGAAGGGAAGAUUGAGAUAGCUUGCAAUGUAGAGAGUUUUGAAGACCAAGAAGUUACAGAAAACUGGGAAGACUCUCAAUACAUCACUUAUGGUGUCCUUGGUAAUCAUUUUUCUUACAUAUCUCCUCAUUACAUAGAAGCCCAAGUUAAAAAGUUGGCGAAUGAUAGGGGAAUUGGUACUCUAGGGAGGGCACUAAUUGGAUUUACACCCCAAGAAUGCAAGAACUGUGCUGAAUAUGCUAUAAAGGAAAAUAUUGGGGAAUUCUGGAAGAUACGGGGAGGUGUGUUCAUGUGAUUUGAUGUAAGUCUUCAUUAAAAUUUUAAGGAAAACUACCAAUCAUUAUAGUCUUCUUUGGGCCAAUGAAGAUGAGGGGUAGAUAGAGAGAGCUUAAUUGUAACUCUGUGUUGGAAAAUUAGAAGCAUUUUCUGUUCAAGUAUUUAUAGAUUGUUCAUAAUCACCUUUAAUAUUUCUAGUCAUCAUUACAGCUGCAUUAACUUUCUGCCUCCUGUGUACUCAGAUGCCUCCUGAAUCAACAGGGUUUAAUGGCCACAUUUGCUGAGCCACCUUUAAUUAUUGUGGAGAGAGCAAAACUGAACUUGAUUUGUUUUCCUACACUCUUUAGUCUCAAGUUUUGUAUUCAGCUCAUACUUUCUGAGUAAUUACUUUUUUAAAUGUGUGCUUUAAAAUGUCAAACACUAAGUGGUUAAAAAGUGGGGGAAAUUGUAAAAUAAAAUUCCGCUUUCAAAGCAUGAUUGCUUAGGAUGACCAAUUACUGUUCAUUCUGGACAUAACUCUAAAAGCCAGAUUUAUCUAGUUCUUUACUGCAUGGAAGGGAAAUGGUAUGGUGACAUUGGACAUGGCUUCAGUGAAUUGCGUUCAUCCUUUUUGGAAUUUAAAUGGGAAAUCUGAAUGGGGAUAUGUUGCUUUUGAGCAGAGAAAAAUAGCAGUGGAAGUCUGUGGGUGCCUUGUUGAUGGGUGUGUUGUAGGGUGUACAGUUGAAGAGGUGUGAUCUCC